AAUCGGUGACUUUUGCAAUUAAAGGCUAAAGUUCAGAAGUAACGUACGGUACGCAGGAGUGCCUUAGAAAAUCACGAAAUGCAAAGGUGGACAAAGCGCUCCACGUGGCAACAGUGAGCGAGGGUAACGUGCGUGCGGAGCGAAAAGCGAGAACGAGAGGAACUUUUCUUCGGGAUUCAACGCUCGUAAAGACCCGUCGCGCAGGGCAUCGAUCCGAGAGAUGGAGCAGCGGGAGGUCGUUUUCUCUCGUUCUCGUACGCAAUCUCGAGACAACUUGCAAACCGACGACCGUACCAAACAUUCCGAGGCGAAUUUUCUCAAGAUUGUCGUCCGAUGAUGCAAGUUUGGCUCACAGAUCGCCGGGGCAGCCGGGCCACCGAGAAGUUGAGAUUUGCCGUACCAAAAAGGCAGACAGACAUCUUGGGAUCCGUUUCCGCGGUGUCGUCUUGUGGCAUGGGCUCGCCCACAUUUCAGGAGUGCGUUGACAUUUGUGGAAUCGAAACCAGUGCGUCUAUUGAUGCUCCGCGACACUGAACUCGGCUUAGGUUCUGAUAAUGUGCUUCUCAAGAACGCCUUCGCAGAUCAGAUUUGGAGUUGGAGUUUGGAGUAUUGUCCUCCUUACGAUUCUGCGGUAAAAAAGCGUGAAUCGUAGAAAAGAAGCUGCCAGCCAUCUUUAUGACAUUUCCACCAUUUCCACCAAAGCUGCGUAGUUUUCGUAAACGUUUUCGUGUAGCAGUGCUACAUGAGCUCCUAGUCAUGACAUGAAGACGUCUUGAGCUCAACUGAGAAGACUUUUAUUUGAUUUUCUUGCUCUAAGAUUUUCUCUCCAUGUAGUACUUCGAAAUCUUCAGAUUUUACAUGCUUCCGAUCUGAAUUUCUGGAUCUUCCUCGCAUGGUACAAUUGUGAACUCUUACAUUUGGAUAGCCCACGGAAUCGGAACUAGUUAUACUUGACCGUCAACACCCAAAUCCAACCUGAGAAUACACUCGCCCUUGGGAUUGCGAUAUUCCUGCCCGCCGUAAAUGAGAGGAACUAUCCCUCCUUGACCUCACUUGAAAUAAGCAUAAUCACUCUUGUACAUAAGUGCAGUGCUUGCAGUACGUCGUGCCUGCGGUGGAGUCAGAACAUUCGCAUGGGAAAAGCGUCCACACUGCUAAACUCUAUCAAAUCAGAAGCCUAAUGAGUUUAUUUCAGACUCUGGACGGUUGCUUAAUUCCAAACGCAAGCAAGUGAAGCACUGGCGAUGGAUUCGGGGAAAGUUGAGUUUAUAAGUAUUUCCAGGCAAGACAGGAACGAGGUGUGCCGUGGCACAAAUGGGGGAAAUUGUAUGGAGAGGAAAUAUGUCACAUGCUCACGCCUUUCGAUGAACGCUGUAGCCAUAACUCGCCAACGGCAUGAUGUCUUCGUCGCAGAUCGAGCGUAAUUGCGUACUCCGUGCGUUGUGUCGUCUCGACGUUGUCUACGUCAUUACUUUAAUAAACUGUUCUGUCGGCCCGCAUAGGGACAUGGUCUACUCGAAAUCUGACGACAGAUCUGACGUUCUCUUGACCUGAUGCCGAGCUUUCCGACAUCUCGACGUCUCGUAUCGAAGAUCGCAUUCAGUCCUCGAGGCACAGGCUUGAGAUUUAGCAGUGAAUCUGCUGAUCCGAGUCAUUCGUGUGAACCUUCGAACGAAGUGCCUCAGACAAGGACAGAAAUCAUGGAGCUGUGCUCCGGAAGAUUCUGUGGGCUAGACUUCAGCAUGAUUGAGGACAUAAUCCAGCUAAUAGCUCCUCUUGAGCCCUGCGCUGCUGUUGGCUUGUUCAUUUGGUCGGGGAGUUGACGGCGUUGGGCAUCGGUCCACGUCACUGUGAGAAGGAUGGCCAAUUCUUGCACUUUCCAAUGCCGUCUUGGCGAUGUCAGUGACAAUGCUACAUUCUGGAUACAGCAAACUACUUUCUUUUGUGCGGAUAUUCUCGAGGGAUUUUCCAAUUUUAUGUUGAUUCUCGUCUCGAGCUCAUGACUGUAAUGUUCAAAAGAUCCAUGUCAUCGAAUCUUUCUGGAAUCCGGUGGUUUGUUCAAUCCUCUUUGGCUCAUGCCGAAAAGCUUGACCUCGGAUAAUUGAAUUAUCCAAUCUUGCUGAACCUUUCUCGCAAACACCUCGAGAAUUUGGGCAUUCAUUAGCACUUCGACCUGCGAAUGUUUUACACCUCUAGCACUGCUACCUACUCCAAAUGUAGACAUGUCGUCUGUUCUGACUAAACUCGACAUCCAUAGACUGAGAAACUUGGCCAAAAGACGUAGCUCUUGGAACGGCGACCGCUGGUAAAUGGCAGAUGCCAAAUUAGAUUUUGCACAGAUUCCUCAGUUCUACAUUCUUUACGAGGAGAUGGAAGCUUCUGAACACCGGCAGCACGCCGCUCUGUCGAGGGAAUCCGAUUUAGAGUACUUACUUCGACGGUGAGAGCUGUGGUCGAGCAAUCGACCUCGAGGACGUCCAUACGAUCGCUAUGCCGACUAACGUGGAAUUUACUCUCGAAUCAGAGCCAGAAAUGGACUCUCCUGACGACUAUGCCGCACCAGCGACGACCUCGCCGUCGUCGGGGGAGAUCACCCCAAAAUCAGAACUCGAAUACCGAAGAAGGUUUUUGGAAUUCAUCGAUGGCUUCACAACGAUGAUUCGGCCCACAAUGUGGUCGCAGAGGGCGAUGAUGUACAAGCCCGAUCCUCCGCCGCCACCCGCCGUCUGCAGGGCCGAGGAACCCGAGGAAGAUCACUUGAACUUCGCCAAACAACUCGAACAAGUGCUGCGCAUCGAGAAGCUCCAAAGUAUUAAGAAGCUGAAGGUGAACAAGGAUUACUGGGCCAGGAAGGAUACUAGCAUCCAGAGCCUCUACUACCAACCGAAGAAGGAUAUGAAACCGAAGAUCAGAGACAUAUUCGCGACGUGUAAGCCUUACAUUCCGCUGCUGCUGCCCGACGAUGCGCACGAGCCCGAAUGCAACCUCUCGUGCGACACAUGGAACAGGGACAUCAAUCCUCCGUUCCUCUCUCGCCUCGAGAAUGUGAAGAUUCUAAUCGGCCACCAUACCUUCGCGCAGCUUUUCUACGUCAACCACUCGGAGCUGCUGGGCAAGGAUCCCUACGGCAGCAAAGUGUUCCAAUGCAAGAGAAUCAAGCCGGGCCUGCCUCAAGUGUCGCUCGACGCUCGGCGCCAGUUCACGAGGAGGAAGGAUUACAAGCACUUGAUGCCGACGCAGUUCGCCGUCAAGAUUGUGGACAAGCUCGAUCCGCGAUCGGAGAAAUUCAGGCUGUACACGGAAGUGACGUGCCUGACGAAGCUACUGGAGCACCAGCACAUCGUCCGCGCGGAAGAGGUGCUCGAGAGCGAGACGGAGAUCUACAUCGUGACCGAGCUCUGCUGCGGCCCCAGAGGAGCGCUGACGCUCGAUGAGUACUUUCCCGUGGCCACCGACGAAUCAGCUCAGUGGAUUUUUCAGCAGCUCGUGGACGCAGUCCUACACAUGCACAAACGGGGCGUGGUUCACAACUGCUUGACGCCGCAGAACGUGAUGUUCAUGGACGAUUAUGACGAGGGGAUGGACGGCACCCUCGCCACUUGCCGCUGGAGAACUGACUUUUUCAGCCGCGUCAAAAUCAUCGACUUCAACAAAGCAGUCUACGAUCCUCAGCUCUCGUCCGGCUACAAGGAAUUCUUUCAGCCCACCGAUUACUUCACGAUGGAGGAGCUUGCAGCUUCUCGAGCCGAUCCCCAAAAUGAUAUCAAGGCCUUGGGGCGCAUUUUGCUGGCCAUUCUGGUCGGGCGCAUGCCUGUAUUGAACAAGUACUACCCUUACCGAGCUCGAAUCGAGCAUCCAGAGUAUCAGUACCGAACGAAAUUCAAUCCUCUGAUGGUGGACUUGUACGAGAGGAUUUUUCUGGCCAUCCAAGGCGAGCCUGACUACCCUCCGACCAUGGAGGCCAUCAGAAAUCAUCCGUGGGUGGAUGCGGCUUUCGCACUUCGCAGUAGACGGUUGAAAGAUAGACCACCAGUUAGUACUGAUUACAUGAAUUGUGAAACCUACUUGGACAAGUUUUGCUUUCCUGGUUGCAGGUAUCACCAUGUAAAAAAUUAUCCCCACGAUUGCCAACACAAACAGCAAACCUCUCACUGAUUUCCAAAUGCGACACUGUAUUCAGCAAAUUUUGAUGCGGAGUUGAGAUAUAACUCAGAUUAUGCUUUUCAUCGGUCUGUCAUUCAGAUCCAGAACUUUCAAUCCGGAUGUCCACUCGAACAAAAUGUUUGUAUGUAGAAGAGAUUCACGUGUGUAUUGCCGAUUCUGGUCUAGGAGCACAAUGGAAUGGGAAUCCUUACUUACCGUGCAUGUUCAUCGUUCACGACAUGGAGGUUUCCACUUUUAUGGUUGAUCACGUAUAGAACGUAAUUUAAUGCUAGAUGAAAUUCUCUAGAUUUCAUCCAGCAAUGAAAAAAGUGAAUGUGGUUACGAUGACGGAGUUGAUGGCGAAAUAUUUGAUGCAGAAAAGGUGAAGUUAAUGCCUUUAUGUUCAAGAAGUUGUUGAUUGCAAUUCUUGUGCAUACAGUAGUAAGCACAAGAGUUUUUUAUGCUCUUUAUGGUUCUUCGUGAUGCAUUUUGUGUACCCAUGAGAGAGGAAGUAUAGUGAGUUGAGAUAUACAAUGCAGAAACUAGUGUUGGAGAAGAUCUCUUGCUCACCAACAAGCAGAAGAAUUGCUCGGAAAAAGUACUUGUCACUAGUGAAAAAACAGGCAGGACUCAAGUACCAGCUUAGGUAGCAAGGGUCAUAUAAAAUUUCAAAACAAAUAAAA